GGGGCGGGAGGCGUGUGCGCCGUGCCACCGGCGCGCCGCGGGAGGAGGGGGAGGAGGAGGAGGAGGCGGAGGAGCUGUCGCUGCCGCCGGGGUCAGUGGCAUGGGUGCUGGAGCCGGCGAGAGGGCGGGCCUUCUCGCUGUACAAGUCGCGCGCGGCGCUGGAGGGUCGGCUCGAGGCGCUCGGCGCCGCCGUCGUGCGGCGCGGCUCGCGCGUUGGCAAGUCUGAGGUGACGCUGAUCGUAAUCGCGGAGGGGGCGGAGGCAGGCGGUGUCUCCACCUCCCUCUGCCCGGCGGCGCGCGUGGUGCGCGAGUCGUGGGUGGCCAAGCGCUCUCUCGCCCUCAAGGCGGGGCGGCUGCCUCCUCCGCCGCCGCCACCAAAGCUGACAAGGAGCACGCCCUCUAAGCGGCGCGCGGCUCCGGAGGCGGCGGGCGGCGGCGAGAAGCGGGCGAAGCGCGCGCGCGGGCCUUCUGCGGCGGCGGCGGCGCGGAUGGAGCGAGCGCUGUCGGAGCGGCUCUACUUGGUGGAGCGGCGCGACGCGUCCUCGUCCUCGCCCUCGGGGGUGGUGCGUCUGCGGCACGACUUCGUCGUCCUCGGGUCUACCGGCAACGUGUACACCGCCUCCGUCAGCCAGCUUCCCUCGUGCUCCUGCGUCGACUUCCGAGAGCGGUCGACGAUCUGCAAGCACCUCCUCUUCAUCUACGUCAAGGCGGUGAGGGAGGCGUAUGGACGGCGGCGCGGCGCGGCGAUCGGUGGGGGGGAGGUGCUCCCGCUCGUUGGGUCGGGGGAGGGGGCUGGGGGCCUUCCUUGGGUGGAGGCGCGUCCGCGCGACGGCGAGCUGUGCCCCAUCUGCUUUGACGCGCUCGCGGACGAUGCGCCCGAGGCGGCGAUAGCGGAGCUGGUGCGGGCGGCGGCGCGGGCGGCGAGCGGGGCGGGGCCUUCCGCAGGCGGCGACAGCCCGCCUUCGCCGCCCCCGUGUACGCAUUGCGCGCACGGGUGUGGCCGGAACUUCCACGCCGCUUGCUUGCGGCGCUGGUCGAUCGCUCGCCGGGCGACGGGCAGGCGGCUAGAGUGCCCUGCAUGCCGCGCAGCGUGGCGGAGGGACGACCCGGCGCUGCCGCGCGACGAGGAGGUCGCGGCCGCGGAGCAGGCGUCGGAGGCGGCGGGCAGCCGCGACGAGGGCUACCUCAACCUCGCCGCUCUGGUGCCGGGCACCGCCGCUGCACGGGACACCUCCACCUACUCGCCUUGGCUGGAGGUGCACCAGAGGCGCCGCGAGCGUGCAGAGAUGCUGGGGUCUCCGCCUUGAGUGAGCUGUGAGCAGUGAGCUGCGAGGGUGAACGGUCUCCCGGCCCGCGGGCACACCCAUUUAAUUCAGAUUGUAGUUGCUAUGGAUGUAUCCCGCCCGUGUACCCA